AAAUUCAUCGAGUUCAUCCGGAAAGCGCCGUGCGGAUGAACUCGAUGGUGAACGAAAAAAGGGAAUAAAAAUGUUUGUAAACACGCGCAUCCCGACGCUCAAAAGAUCCGGAAUGUAAUUUUUGUGCUUAAUUGGGAUUGGGCCUGCUAAAAAGAAUAAAGCCUGCUCUUUACUCUUACACAGAUUUCUAUAAGAAUGACAGCUAAUCGGAGUGAAAUUGGAGUGAAGGCUAUUUCUCUCUCUAUUUAGCACACGAGAAAUCGUAUACCGGGACCGCGAGCGCGCCCAUCGCCAAUUUCGAAUUUCCUUCAAAAAUAUAAGGAUUUACUCCGUUUCCAGAUAAAAUAAAGUUUCUAUAACAAAAUCACUUGGAUAUACAACCAUUAGCCAUGGCGCCACCGCAUGUACACCUGCUGCUGGAUCUGCUACCAAAGUAUUUUGACCCAUGGCUAACGUUCGAUCGGAUAGAAGCCAUCUGUAACGGAGAGGAAGUUGCGGCACCGGCAAACUGGUCAGAACAGAAUGAGGACUGCGACGAAUCGGAUCCCGACAGUGAUUCCUCCAGCUCAGGGGAACCCUCUUCAAAGAAGAGGAAUGUUGAUCCAGUGAAAAUGGAUUUGAGAGAUUGUCCUUCCAUUCGGGGAGCUAUUAACGACAGUGGGCUAAUAGAGUUAAUGCAUGAUAUUUGCAUGGAAGCACGAAAGGUGCGACAGAUGGCAGGGGUUUUUGAUCAGUACGAUAAUUGGCAGUAUUUAUCUAAGAAAAUUGAGGUGCAACAGAUGUUGGCCUUAAUCUAUGGGUUAGUGUGUUUGGCAGAAUAUGAUCCAACGGAAACAGUAAACCGGAAGUUGGCGACGGCAGCAGUUAAAACUUAUCUGAUCCUUUUAGGAAUUCCCGGCCAAAAACAGACAGAAGUGUUCGAUGAGCAGGUGCUUAUCAAAUGCUUGGAUGUUUUCAAGCUAGUCGAACUACUGAUGGAUCCAAUAUUUGAGGAUUAUUUGAAGAAGGAACGAUCAGACUAUGAUUAUCGGCUGUUGAUGGAAUACAUACAGAUAAUGGAUGAGAUACAGCUUCUGUUGAAAUGCAUGACUCUCAAAGGCUGUUCAAGUGUAAAAUUGCAACUGAUCAAUGGAUUGAAAACGGUAUUGAACUACGCUAUCCAGCAUACUGCCAAUCGACAUGUAGCCGAAAACGUUACCGAUAAAGUUUUCGAAACGCUGGAUGCCAUUUGUCUGCCGGAGCAUGAUGAUCAUAAUAAAUGUUCCAACACGAUUCAGCUGAUAUUCAACAGGAUGGCAAUGUUCUAUAAACUGGACUAUAAAAAUUUGCCUGCAUGCUUUCAAAUUUAUAAUUUUUUCCUCAAACUAUUGGACCAAUAUCCGAGCGAUACUCCACCAGUAUUGACACUAUUUAUCAAGUCGGUUCUGACGAAUCCGCCGAAGGUAUUUUCUAGACCUGAUGAUUAUGCUUACUUGAGCGAUGUUGCUGUUCGGUAUGAAACGGCAAUGUAUAGUCGGUGCAACGUAUCGAUUGUUGAUUACCUGAAGCAGAUAGAAGGACACGCAGAUACGACCGCACGAGUUAAUAUCGUCGAUUUUUUGGGCAAGCUUGCAUGCUUAGAUUGUACUGUGGAUUGGGAGUUGUUUAAGGACAACUUAUCGGAAGUUCCGAGAGAAAUUCUGAUGAUUGAAAUUUUGUACAACAAAUUGAUUGAGAAAAAUUCAACUGUUAAAUUGAAGGCCUUCCAUUGCCUUUUAAAAAUUUUGCAGAAUGGAAAUCAAAUUAUGAAAAAAAUUAUGAAAGAUACAUUCUUUUGUGCUACUGCAGAGGAAGAUGAGAAGAAUUACCUUCAAAUGAAUGAUAUGGAAGAACUCUAUAGAACGGCAGAACUGGAGCUAGGAAUUUCUAGAAAUGCGUUAAAUUUUAAUUUAACCUCCAGUAAAGGACCGAAAGAACGCUCCGAAUCAACGGAGCAGCCUUCGGUGCCCCAGAACCACAAAAUUACGUCAAACAUCAAAGGCAUCGAAAGGAUAGAGGAGAAACUUCGGUCUUUACUCGAUGUAAUAUAUUCGGCUACACUUUCUACUACAUCAUCAAUACGUCGAAUCGCCCUUUCUUGCCUGGAAUGCAUCGUCGAGCUUAACCGUAACCGAAUAGACGAUCCCGUGUUCGAAUAUGUGGUUGUAAAGCUGGCUAAAGAUCCAGUCAUGCUCAUGAGACGUACAACGCUGAACGUCCUCAACACCCUACUCGCUCGGUACCCCAGCUAUCUGCCGCUGAUAAAAAUUUGGUCAAAAUGUUUGCUGCUUUUCCUAGACGAUAGCGACCAAAAGUUGAAGGAAACGGCCCUGGAAAGUUUGAAGGUGAACGUUUUCGAUAACAUCUGUCGGUUCGAGGACUCUUCUUCCAGCAAAGUUUUCACCCCGUGGAUGAUUGUUCGGUCGAUUCUGGUACUCGGGAAGAUAAGUGUGUUGAAAUCGGCCGUGGAUUCCUGGAUUCAGAAGUCAAUUCUCACUCAAAAAAAUCUCAUGAUCAUCGAAUCGCACAUCGUCACCGUGAAUUGUAGCGAGGCUUGGAUUAUACUUUCGAUUAUUGCUGGAAAAAUGAAAUCCAAAAACCCGGAUGUCGUCAUUAAAACGAUGAACGAAAUUCUGCAGGACGAUGUGUACAAUUCUCCGGUAUGUCUGCAAUACAUAUUGUGUGUUAUCAAGGCAUGGUUGGACGAUUUCACCAGAGCAGGCCUUAACCACCUUUUCAAGAUCCUUAGUGAUCUGUUGCGCACUGGAAGUACUACCAUUUCGCUCGUUAGCGACGUUUAUUCGCUGUGCUGCGCGAUUAAGGAGAAGUCGGACGACUCGGUCGAUGAAGCUUGGAUUCGAGAUAUUCGCAAAAAUACCGGCGAUUAUCUACUGCACUACCGGUCCCACUACACCAGCUUCCACAUGUCCAGCGAACGUUAUUUGAUCAGUUUGUUGGCUUAUGUUGAGGCUUGCACGGAUUUGAACGACCGGCCGGAUGAGACGAUCAUGUCUACCAUGCUGGAUUAUCUGGCGCACGUGGCUUCUGAUGAAAAACUAAUUACCCUUCAAACGGAUCAGAAUCGUAAAAUAUGUGUCACAAUCGUGGUUCUCAGUCGGUUUGGAUUGCGCGAUGGAUCUUUGGCAUCGACCAUUAUUGCAGAUUUCGGUAAAAUAUUGAAGUUCAAAAACAUUCACGAGAGCAUAAUCUGUACCUUGAUAACAUCAUUUUCGGAUCUUUGCAAACGGCACACGUCGUUGGUCGAUUCUUCGAUCAAAACCGUGAUUCUUCAGCUUAACUCAAGCUACGUUACGGUGCGCAGUGUAGCGCUGAACAACCUGAACGAACUGAUCCUCCAGGACUACGUUAAAAUGAGAGGUCGGGUACUGCUGAACAUUUUGAAGCUCAUAAUCGACGAGGAUAGCCAGAUAGCGGCGCAAGCUUUGUACGUUAUUCAAUUGUACGUGCAUUCGAAGAACGAAAAGCUGUUGAAGGUCUCCAUGUUGGAAUGCGUUUAUGUGUUUAAUAACUACCUGCAAUACGCCGAAAGCGAUAUGUUUCCUGCCUCCGAAAUCGACACCGAACCGUGUGAUUUGGCGGGCAGUGACCCGGAAAGUUUACGGAAACGAAACCUAAUUUACGACUUUUUCGUGGACAACAUCGAUGAUCUAAGUUUGCUAAAACUGUUGAAAAACAUCAAUAAGAUCAAUACCCAGCUGAAACAACAAAAGUACGUUGAGUGUGAAGCUGGAGCCGAUACGCUGUUAGAUUUAUUGUAUAUUUUCACCAAAAUGGUAAUGGUUAAGGACCGGGACAAAGCACGGCUAGCAAAGGCAGCUACGUCGACGAACGAGGAAGAAGUCCCGGGUCCAAGCAUGACGCCCAUGGAAGAGGGACCAUCUCCGGCGAAAAAAUCCCGAGCAAAAAUGGCUCUGCAGCAAAGCGAACAGGAAACAAUAACAAUUGUGGAGAAAGCCGUAGCCAUCUACUACGAUUUUGAGGGUCAAGUACGAAAUUACAUCGCUCGGGUGCAUCCAACCAUGGUCGAGUUAACCAAACAACGAUUGCAGGAACUAGCGCUGGCAUUGGCGCGACAGUUUCGUAGCAUCGUCGAAUUUGCCAAACCGAUGGACUUCUGGCGGGGAUUGAUCCAAACACUUGAUGCCGGUAAAAGUGUUAAACCUUCGCCCAGAAAAGGUACCGGAAAACGAAGAAGGAAAACUACCGGUGGAAAAGAAUGCGAUUCGGAAAGUGAAGAAAGCGACCCAAACGACGCUGAUAACGACGAUAUUGACGAUGAAAUAGAUGAAUUAUAAACGCUGAGCUGGGAAGUUUCAAUUGAAUCCGAAACAUUCCUGCACGAAUGGUCCAGGACCCAUGCAGGUAUGUAAAAUUUGUUUUCAGUUUCAUUGAUGAUAGAGUUCCACAAUGCAAAAACAAUAGAUAACCGUCAAUUUUGGAAUACUGAUAUGGAUUUCUAAAACUUACAAAGUAGGUACU